CAUUUUCUUGGAGGUAGCUCACUGUACUGGACUGUUUUCGUGUUCAGUUGGUUCUGCUCUGCUUUUGCUUUCAGAUUUCUUUAUUACAUUGUUGAAAAAAAAAAAAGAAUUUUGUCAUAAAUAAUAUUCCGAAACAGUUUAAAGCUGCAACGGAAUCACCCCCCUAUACAGAAAGUGUGUGCGUAGGAUUGGAGCAUGCACACUCUUUUUUCCAGUUUCAAAGCGCAGAGAGAGACUACACUUUGUUAGAUAUAGAGAGAGAGAGAGAGAGUUUUAGAGUUCUGGUUCUUUGUGUAAAAAAAAAAAAAAAAAAAAAAGGUGGGGGUUCAUUGAAAGGUCUGGUUCUUUUCAAGAGUAAAAACAAGUACUCGAUUGAGAGCUCAUGCUUUGGUCCGCGUGCCUUUGAUGCAAAUCACUGAUGGGCAGAGCCAAAGCCAGAGGAGAGCCAAAGCCAGAGGAGAAGCAACCCUACUUGGGAAAAAAAGAGCCUUUGUGCAGGUUCUGUUCCUUGGUUUUGGUUGGACUCUAAGGGCUUCUGCUUUUUGUGUCCUCCCCCUGCUGCAUUGUGUUGUUAGAUUUGGAUUGGAUUGGAUUGGAUUGUUUGUUUUAUAGGAUUCUCAGAAAUUGGUCAGUAGUAAAAUUUGAAGGAAUAUGAGACAAGCUGAGCUGGGUCAGUCAGAGGAGGUUUUGGAGUUUUUAGCGGGGAAAAAAAAAUGAGAGGUUUCUUGGUCGGAAGUGACCGGCUUUUUUUUAUUUGGGUUCUGGGUUUUGCAUUGAAGAUGUGAAAGGUGAGUUCUUUUGGUUCAGAACACGUCAUAAUGGAAGAGAAGAUGAGAAUUGGAGGAGGGUUGCUUAGUGGAGCACAGUCUAGUAUACUUGAGGAGAUGAAGUUGUUAAAAGAACUGCAGGAUCAUUCUGGGUCCCGGAAGGCCAUAAAUUCCGAGUUAUGGCAUGCCUGCGCCGGCCCCCUUGUUUGUUUGCCUCAAGUGGGGAGUCUUGCUUAUUACUUCCCUCAGGGCCACAGCGAGCAGGUGGCAGUUUCCACAAAGAGAAUGGCAACCUCGCAAAUUCCCAACUAUCCGAAUCUCCCGUCUCAGUUGCUAUGCCAAGUUCAAAAUGUUACGCUACACGCAGACAAAGAAACCGAUGAGAUCUUCACACAAAUGUGUCUUAAACCAGUCAAUUCUGAAAAAGAUGUUUUCCCUGUACCAGACUUUGGACUGAAGCCUAGCAAGCAUCCAAGUGAGUUUUUCUGCAAAAUUUUGACUGCAAGUGAUACAAGCACACAUGGUGGUUUCUCUGUGCCGCGGAGGGCAGCAGAAAAGCUCUUUCCUCCCUUGGAUUUCACAAUGCAACCGCCAACCCAAGAACUUGUUGUCCGAGACUUGCAUGAUAAUACCUGGACAUUUCGCCACAUUUACCGCGGCCAACCGAAGCGCCACCUUCUCACAACUGGUUGGAGUUUGUUUGUUGGCACAAAGAGGCUUAGAGCAGGCGAUUCUGUGCUAUUUAUCAGGGAUGAGAAGUCACAGCUAUUGGUUGGCGUAAGGCGAGCAAAUCGUCAGCAGACCACAUUACCAUCCUCAGUUCUAUCUGCUGAUAGCAUGCAUAUCGGUGUCCUUGCUGCUGCAGCUCAUGCUGCUGCUAAUCGAAGUCCAUUCACUAUAUUCUACAAUCCAAGGGCAUGUCCUUCAGAAUUUGUUAUACCUUUGGUCAAAUUCCAAAAGGCUCUAUAUGGGACCCAACUGUCUGUUGGCAUGAGGUUUGGAAUGAUGUUUGAGACAGAGGAGUCCGGCAAGCGUAGAUACAUGGGUACAAUAGUUAAUAUUAGUGAUUUCGAUCCACUGAGAUGGCCUGGUUCCAAGUGGCGAAAUCUUCAGGUAGAGUGGGACGAGCCGGGGUGUUGCGAUAAACAGAAUAGGGUCAGCUCAUGGGAAGUUGAGACUCCUGAAAGUCUUUUCAUAUUUCCUUCCCUGACUUCGAGUCUUAAACGUCCAUUUCACUCUGGAUACUUGGAAACUGAGUGGGCCAAUAUGAUUAAAAGACCUUUUAUCCGGGUUCCUGAGAUUGGAAACAUGAACUCUUUUCCUUAUCCGAUGUCAAAUCUAUGUUCAGAACAGCUAGUUAAUAUGCUACUAAAACCUCAAGUUAGCCAGGCUGGAACAUUAUCUGCUCUACAACAGGAAUCGGCUGCUAAUGGAGGUCCACUAGAAGAUAUGCAGGCCAUGCAGGCGAAAAUGAACCAAAAGAAUCUGGUUUACUGUUCUGAAGGUAUGUCUCUGCAGAGUCAAAACCCUUCCCAGUUGAACACCACAGCUAAGUUUGGAAGUCAGACACCAGUUGGAGUUAACACUGACAAAACGAAGUUAGAACCUGAUCUUUCAACUGAUCAGUUAAGCCAGUUAAGCUCUUCAGGACAGGGCAAUGAGGAAAAAUUGGCUGCUGGGAUUGCUGGUAGCCCUUAUAACAAUGCAUGCAUCAACCAGAACCAGGGCCAAUUACAAGCUAGCCCACGGCCUAUGCAGCAACCUAUGGAAUCAUUACUCUACCACUCCCAACAAACUGAUCUACCUCAGUCAGAUUUUAAUAGUGCAAAUGGUUCACUUCCAUCCUUAGACAAUGAUGAAUGCAUGUUCUACCAACCCUUUGCUGGGAUACUGAGAUCACCAGGGCCUUUGUCUGCAUAUGGGUUGCAGGACUCUCCAUCUGUUUUAACUGAAGCAAAUAAUUUCUCCCCAACUUCAAUGGGUCAGGAAAUGUGGGAUAAUAGCCUCAGUAGGCUUUUACCGCAAGUUGAUCAGCUCACUUCAUCCCAUCAAGUCCCAUCUGCCUUUAAUUCUAUUCCCAACUCGGGCAGUCUGAGAGAUUUGUCCGAUGAGAGCAACAACCAAAGUGGGGUUUAUGGUUGCCCCUCUGUUGAUGUUGGUACUGGUGUGAGUAAUAUUGUUGCUGACCCUUCUGUUACAAGCACCAUAAUGGAUGAGUUCUCUAAACUAAAGCAUGCCGACUUCCAGAAUCCUUCCGAAUGUUUGGUUGGCAACUUGAGCUCGAGUCAGGAUCUGCAGUCCCAGAUUACCUCUGCAAGCCUAGGGGAUUCUCACGCUUUGUCCAGGCAAGAACUGGCAGACAACUCCGGUGGUACAUCCUCAAGCAAUGUUGAUCUUGAUGAGAGCAGUCUACUGCAGAAUAGCUGGCACCAAGUGGUCCCACCCGUGCGAACUUACACCAAGGUUCAAAAGGCGGGAUCUGUUGGUAGAUCAAUUGAUGUUACUAGUUACACAAACUAUGAGGAACUAUGUUCUGCAAUUGAGUGCAUGUUUGGACUGGAAGGGCUGCUUAACGACCCAAGAGGUUCAGGGUGGAAACUAGUUUAUGUGGACUAUGAGAACGAUGUUCUACUUGUCGGGGAUGAUCCUUGGGAGGAAUUUGUGGGGUGUGUGCGCUGCAUCAGAAUCCUUUCGCCAACAGAAGUUCAGCAGAUGAGUGAAGAGGGAAUGAAGCUUCUCAACAGCGCUGCUGCUUUGCAAGGGAUGAACACCACCGUGUCGUAAAGACUUGUAACUAGACUGCUGCAUUGUUGAGGUGGUCUCGGCUUGAUGAGACCUGUAAUCCAAGCCUGAUAUAUACAUUUAUAUAUAUAUUUUGAACUUACUAUCUAUUCAAACUCAAGCAAAGGGGCCGGUUCAUGUGGCCACUAAUGUGCUUUAGGUGGAGUUGAUGAUGUAUUAAUAACUCGCUUUGUAUUAAUCAGUAAUUCACCAUGAUCUGAAAUUAGAUUUACUCGUGUAAUA